AUAUGUAUGAUCCAUCCUAUUUCCCUGACCCUGGACGUCUGAGCACUCAAGGCAACAUUCAGGCUGAUACAAGUGCAACGCGAUCAGCAUCUCCUAGAACCUUGCGAGAAUUGGCGUUGGCUGACCAAUAUACAGCUCCUCAUGCAUCAGCUUAUCAAAACGAUAAUCAACAGCCAAUAAGUAGUCAGACUGCAGAUGGUUAUACGAAUCAGCAAUGGCCGCAGACAAUCGAGGACUCAAAUUUCCAGUCUGUAUACAUGGGAAAUUCGGUGUAUGGAGACACGAACCAAUUCGCAGACACGAAUAUGCAAAAUCAAAUUGGAAAUGCAAAUCAAGGGAUGAACCAGCUGAUUAUCGACGCUCAGUAUAUGUACAGCUCGGAAAGUCAAAGUUCAUCUUACAACCCUAAUGUUCAGUCAUCACAAGGAACAGACAAUGCAGUUCCACCUAGCAUGUUCAGUACGGAGCGGUCAGUUACCCCGACCAAUGCGAUUAACGGAAAUGCGGGGCUCAACAAUCUGUCUGCCAAUGCGCAAGUUGGCAAUCUGCCAGCUGCUGCUGCAUAUCAAACUAAUGAUUUCGGAUUCAAUGGACAAUAUGGAGGCGCCUCUGGUUUCAUGGCCCAGGAGCCGGCAGUAGGAGGAAUCCAAAAUCAAUCAUCAUUGGACGCACUCUCUAAUACUAUAACUGCAUCAUCAAACCAGAGUUUCGGAGAGGCACAAAGUGAGGAAAGGUCGAUGCUUCACACCACUCCUAUAGACUCCUACAACCCAGACAGCAGUAGUAGUGGUAGUACAUCUGCCAAAGAGGAUACUCUCACGUUGAAAGAUGAUGACAGACAUCGCAUGUGGAGCUUUGACAACGAGUCCUCCGAACACGCCAAUGUUCUAGAAACUUCUCAGCUGGAGAGACCCACUCUGAUUCCGCCAGACAAAAUGGAGAAUGAAGACAUAGCGGCCAUGUGGGUUUGGAAGCCGAGUGUAGCCACAGCCAUUAAUAGAUUCAUGACCAGCCCGGUCAACACUUCAUUGGAAAGAGACCAGAUAACUACUCCUGGAAUCAUCGAGUCUGCACAAGGCGACCCACUUCAAGACCUGCUGAGUAAAUACACGAAGAACAUACGCAACUUGUGCAAGUCAUCCAUGCUCAGUGCAGAUGAGGAGGGACUGCAGGUGCUGAUGGUGAAUGAGAACUUCAGAGCAGCACUGGAGUUGACGGACAAGAUACUGACUGGGUUCAACCAGGGCAGAGGCAUGGCCUCCCACAUGUCCAAACAUACUGUCCAGUCCAUCAGAAUAUGGCACGCUAGAAUCAUUAUCUUGACCAAGCUCAAGAUGUUUUCGGCGGCUGAAAGUGAGCUCGAUUUCUUCGGGGAGUUCGAAAAGGCAGAUUUGUGCUUUGAAUACUACCCUCAUUUGUAUCGGGGAAAAAGUGGGUCCAUUGUGCCUUUCUGUUUGCGACUUCUGUGGGCCGAAAUGCCCUCCUAUUGUGGAAAGUAUAACGAGAGUUUGGACCGCUUGAGUCGUCUUCAGUCGUCAGUCUCGAAGUUAAUGAAUUUGUUGUCUGAAGGAAAGGAUCACAAUGGACAUGUUAUAGACUACAGCGAAUAUUUGAAGCUAGCUAUCAAAUACUGGACGGAAAAGGAAAAUCAAGUGCUCUACUCAAUCGGCAACUGUUUCCUGCAGUGCAUGGACUACAGUGCUGCCUUGGAGACAUACGACCGACUUCUGAGACGCCUCUGCGACCUCCCGGAAGACAAAAUACACCUCUCAAGUGCAAUUGGCCGAUGUUGUUUGCAACUGGGCGAUCUGAAACGAGCUGCUGUCUAUUUCAAAUCAGUAGAGUCCUUAACAAGCGAGGUGAAGGCGGCGUCUAAUCUUUCUUCCAGUGGGGUCGCAACUAUGGGUGUGAAUGAUUUGAUGAAGCUGGACCACCAGGUGUACAUGAACAGAGGCCUGCUGUUUGUGGCACAGAAUAAGUACAAAGACGCUAUGGUUCAGUUCCAACAUAUUGUACAAGAUAACCCCAAAGACGUUGUGGCGUGUAAUAAUCUGGCAGUGACAAAUGUGUACUUGGGCAAAAUCAAGGACGCCUCGACUGUUCUGGACAGGGUGAUGAAACAGUCUCCGAUCAAGAAGAACACGAACGAAAAUCUCAUCCAGAAUCUCAGCAUCCUUUUCGGAAACGAGACGCCAAAGAGUCUGGGCAAGAAAAUUCUACUGUUGGAGCAUGUAGCCAAGUAUAAGGGAGACGCCUUUGCCACCUCUUCUCUAAGACUGACAUGAGUUUCUGCUGAAGUUGAAAACAAUUUAAAAUAAAUUGGUUGAACGAAGUAUCUGAUUAUCUUUGG